CUCUCCUUGGCGCGACCCCACGCAGGGCCCGCGGGGCGGAGAAGGAGGCCCCCACUCGUGACGCUCCCAAGGGACCGGGUUUCAAGGUGACUCCCCUUUCGGUCUGGUUCUCAUCUCGGGGGGGCCUGGCACUGCAGCCCCCCCAAACUUCCCUUCUCUGAAACACGGCUCUAGCCAACUUGCUCCGCUGCUUCACUUGCGAUCGCUUGUGUGGAGGCUGCACGGCGCCAGCUCCUCCACCUAGACAGGGCAUUGCUCUCCAGCCCGUCAUGCCUAGCUGUGAGCCAGUGCCACCUGCACCGUGCCUCCCCACCAAGACUUUCCGCAGUUACCUGCCGCGGUGUCACCGUACAUACAGCUGUGUCCACUGUCGGGCACACCUGGCCAAGCAUGAUGAACUCAUCUCAAAGUCCUUCCAGGGAAGUCACGGUCGCGCCUAUCUUUUCAAUUCUGUGGUCAAUGUGGGCUGUGGUCCGGCUGAGCAACGCCUCUUGCUCACAGGUCUCCAUUCGGUUGCUGAUAUAUUCUGCGAAAGCUGCAAGACUACACUGGGGUGGAAAUAUGAACAAGCCUUCGAGACCAGCCAGAAGUACAAAGAAGGAAAGUAUAUUAUUGAGAUGUCACAUAUGGUGAAGGACAACGGCUGGGACUGAGGAGGGACUCUCUGGAUGCACACCCUCCUGCGUAGCAUGCCUUGCCCUUUCCUAACCCCACAACCACAGCUGGCACCCCGGCACAACUAACCCAGUCCCUUCCCCACCCCAUCUCUCGCACAGCAUCACCCGUGGAAGUGGAAAGACCAGGAUCCUUCUCCCAAACCUCUUGUACUUCCUGAAAUGUUGGAUCCACAGUUUGGAGGACCCCACGCCACCCCUACAGAAGAAGGGCAAGUUCACAGGGUACAGGGGCCAAUGUGGGAGGAUUGUGAGUGGGAUUCUACUUGACCCGUUACAGGGCAUGCUACCCCUUCCCCAGCUAAGCACUUGUUGCGUAGGAAAAACUGGGGCACUCGGAACUGCAAGCCUGGAAGCCGGCUUGACUUAGGCAGUCCUUUGUAUAAGAAAGACACAGUCCUUUCUGGAUGAGGCAGAAAAGUCUGGGAGCUCUGACAGAGGGGGCACAGCUUAGUGGUUAAAGCACAUAGUGCAUGUUGACAGCUCGUUUCACUCCCAGUUUAAAAGAGAACCUCAAGGAGCUGCAACAGAUCUUAUCCCAAGGCCCUGGGCAACUGCUGAUGGUCACAACUGACAAUACUGCGCAGGAAGGACCCAGUGGUCUGGUUCAGUUUAAGGGAGCUUCUUAUGCUCCUCUUUUUUAUUUUUGGUGGGGAGAAAUGGAAAGUGUUUGUCAGCCUAUCGGUGUUGGACAGAGAAGGCUGGAGGGAGACUCAGUCUCCCAUCAUGAAAUAACAAGUAUCCUGGAGGUAGGGGACAGAGGAACAGUCCCUCUCCACAUGGGGCCAUGGUAGUUCACCUCCCUGUCACCAUCCCCUUUCCCUGAACACUGCCGUGGUAUUUUCCCCAUGUUUAUUCUAUGGAGUCUGUUUCUUUUGUUUUGGGUCGUCAUGUGCUUGUGAUCCCGGGGCACUUUGGACCCCCACAGUCCCCCCACCACACACACAAAGAAAGGGUGGGGGGAAUCAAGUGGGAGCAAAGCCUCAAGCACUGUCACCAGCGCAGGUAUCUUUUUGUAUAAUAAAAGUGUUUUGUAUUUAAAACAAA